AUGGUCGCCGAUAGACAACAUAUUUAUCAAACUAUUCAAACAAGUCUUGCCCAUAUUUCAUCAUAUAUUGAACAGGAAUCACCAGAUAAUUAUUGUAAUAGGAUUGAAACAGCCAUCAGCUAUACUGAUACAAUGAUAGCUGACGCCAACCAAGCAAAUGCUAAUACUUUUACAAAUGCUCAUAAAGCAGAUAUUUAUAAAUCAAAAAUGGCAGGGAAAUAUCUUCCAAUUCCAGCUCAACAUGCAAAUAAUAAUAUUAAUACUCCAGCUCGCUUUAAAGCAUGGCUUGGAGAUACCUAUCUACAAAGAACAGUUGGUACUCGCCAGUCUGCUAUUCAAAGAUUAUCUCAAGAAACGUUUAAGACUGAUGAUAAUCCAGAAACAUAUGAAGCCAAAAUUCGUCAAUAUAUAUUAGGAACCAAUUCUGAUGGUAUCACAACUUUCUUUACUACACUUAAAGAAUUAUGGCUCAAGCGUCAACCAUCACUUGGCUCUAGAGACUCAAUUCCCAAUCAAAUUUCUCAAACUCCAGCUAUUAAUUUACAAAAUAAAUCGCAAUCAGAUAAUGAUAGUAUAUGA